GCCUUUGUGUCUUUGUGUGUCGUGACAGAUGGCAUUCAAGUCCUUGUAUUGCUAUUUGCUUUUGUAAACCGCCGCCAUGCAUGGAUAACAAUCGCUCGUAGCGUUCAAUAAAUAGAUAAAAUAAGGAAUCUUGUACAUUGUAAGAUUUAUCAUUCAUAUAAAUACGUAAUAUUUUAUUUAUUUAUGGUUAAAUAUCAACAAUUAUCCAACGAUUACGACGAUAAAGAGUCAAGAGACACGGGCCCUCACUUUCUUUUACAUGCAUGAUGCAUUAAUGUCAAUUGUCGAAAUGUAAUAUUGAUUUAAAUAACAGUGAGCUACAACAACAAUUGCUACAGUCAGCAUCACCAUCAGUAGCAGCGAUCGGUUGAAAUCCUCGAUCUCAGUCGUCGUUCGUGUCGCAUAUGACCAGGGGCUGCCAUGCUUGUACGCGACCGCUGAAGUCGUGAACGGCGGGUCAAGGCGCGUCCGAACGAUUCCGCCGGGCACCGACCACCUCAGACGCUAACUACAACAAUGCAUACCAUCAGUGGAUUGGCCAUCGUUGUGUGGCUGUUGGCUGCAACGUCCGCAUCCGCCAGAUAUCCGGUCGUCUUAGUUCCUGGUGAUGGUGGUAGCCGCAUAGAUGCUAAAUUGAACAAACCCAGUGUUGUUCAUUAUUUAUGUGAUAAAAAAACAAGUGAUUAUUCCAACAUUUGGUUGAAUCUUGAAUUGUUAGUGCCAUAUGUAAUAGACUGUUUGAUAGAUAAUAUGAGACUGAUGUAUGACAAUGUUACCCGUACUACUCACAGUCCUCCAGGUGUAGAUAUAAGAGUGCCUGGAUGGGGAAAUUCUUCUGCUGUUGAAUACAUAGAUCCUAGUUUAUCCACAUUUGGAGCUUACUUUAAGAGUGUUGGUGAUACAUUGGUGGGCACUGGUCUUGAGCGAGAUGUUUCUAUUCGGGGAGCGCCUUAUGAUUUUAGAAAAGCUCCUAAUGAAAAUACAGAGUUUUUUGUGAAACUUAAGAUACUAACUGAAGAAACAUACCAACAAAAUAAUAAUACACCAAUUGUGUUUAUUGUACACAGCAUGGGAGGAUGUAUGACAUUGAAAUUUUUGCGGGCUCAAACGCAGGAGUGGAAAGAUAAAUAUGUUAGAGCAAUGGUUUCAUUAGCUGGUGCUUGGGGUGGAGCAGUUAAAGCAUUGAAAGUUUUCGCUGUAGGUGAUGACCUAGGAGUGUAUGUACUUAGUGGAAAUGUUUUAAAAGCUGAACAAAUUACAUCUCCCAGCUUAGCAUGGCUUUUACCGUCUCCGUAUUUUUGGAAGGCGGAUGAAGUAUUAGUAGAAACUGAUAAAAAAAACUAUACAGUGACAGACUAUAAAUCAUUUUUUGAAGGCAUAGACUACAUGACUGGCUAUGAUAUGUACUUAGACGUUAAACAGUACAUGGAUUUUGGGCCACCUGGUGUAGAAGUCCAUUGUUUACAUGGUGAUACAAUUCCAACAGUUGAAAGAAUGAUAUUUGGACCAGGAAAAUUUCCGCUUAAGUAUCCUAAGUUACAAUAUGGUAAUGGCGAUGGAACAGUUAAUUCCAGAAGCCUUGAAGGUUGCAGUUAUUGGUCAACCAUGCAAAAGCAAAAAGUUUUCCAUCAAGUAUUUCCAAAUGCUGACCACAUGACAAUCCUGAGAGAUGAACGAGUAAUGGAUUACAUUUCACAACUCAUGGAAAAACUAUAGUUGUCUAAUUAUUUAAACUUAAGUUAUUAUUAAAAUUUAAUAAUAGGUAAUGUGUUCAUUUAAAUAGAUAAAUAUUAAGGAAAUCUGUAAUAAUAUCCAAUUUUAUAACAAAUUUUAUUUUAUCAAGUAUAAAUUGGAUACAUAACUUUUCUUAUACUAUUUACUGUAAA